CGGGAUAAAGGCUGCUCUGCCUUUCAUACACUAGAAUACAACUUCGCAGUCUCUAAUUAACGUAUUUAUUAGCCGCUUCGAGUGCAUCCAAUAACUUCAAAGCCCAUUAGGUUAGGUUUACUGCUUGUUAUUAUUUUUUUCUUUUUCCAGCUGCAUGUGGAGCGACUAAAGGGACGCGCCGACAGCAACCUGCCAACUCCAGUUUGAGAGAUUUGGCAGGUUGUGAGAGUAGUAGGCUCUCCCUGCAGCAGCUAGGCUAACUUGCAGGCAAAAAUAACGGCGUUCGCGGUGAGGCUCGGAGUACUGCUCAUCACAACGGGGAGUCACUUCGCCUGCGGGAGCAACGAUGACCGGGAGAAACUGAGGUACAGCAGCCCAAGAGUUGUGACUCUGCUCUGAUAAAUGUCAGCCUGCUCUGAUAUUUGUAUGGGUCUAUCGCCACAGCCAAAGAUCUUUCCUGGCAGACUGAACAAACGAGUUGACUCCAACAGAGCUACGCCUCUCUUCAGUCUACUUGUGGUCUGACGGCACUCACCAACAUCAAAGCUCUCUCUUCCUUUUGCCGUUUCAUCCCUCUGCUUCUGUUUUGAGAGAGGGAUGUCUCUUUUCUAACAGCUCUCAGCCUGCUUAUCUACUAGAUCUGUAAAACCGCGACCGACACUGAACAUGGAGGAUUACGACGUUCGCUCAGCCGCCAGCAUCCUGGCCUCAGUGAAAGAGCAGGAGGCACGUUUCGAGCAGCUGACCCGCGCCCUCGAGGAGGAGCGUCGCAACGUCAACCUUCAGCUAGAGCGCGCCAAUCUGCCUCCCAACCCCCCCACCAGCCAACCGCUACCAUGGCAGCAAGUGGUGAUGCAGGAGCAGAGCCCCAGUAACGCCACGUCCCUGGCCAUGAUGCAAGAGCCGCAGGAGGUGGUGGAGGAGACGGUCACCAUUGAAGAAGACCCCGGCACCCCCACCUCCCACGUCUCAGUGGUCACCUCUGAUGAUGGAACCACACGGCGCACAGAAACCAAGGGUAUAUCAGCUAACGUGAAGGUGACUAAGAUGGUGAAGACGGUGACCACUCGGACAGUCCGUCAGGUGCCCCUCGGCCCCGAUGGCUUGCCGCUGCCUGAAGGCACGUCCCCGCUGGGCAGCUACACCGACUCCAUUGACCGGCGAUACCUGAAGAAUGGAAGCGACCGCUUCAUAACGCCUCAAGCGACCUCAACCCUGACGCGCUCCUACAACAACUCCUACAACGAUUCAUACGGAGAGACACCGGAGAGCCAGUACAUUCGCCAUUACGGUCUUCAUGACGGCUACACCGAUUUGACGGAUAACUACGGCAGUCUUUCUCGCGGCGUCAACUACCGGCCGCCGCGGUACCCGUACAUGCCUAAUAGCUACCGGCCGGAGAAUAGCUACACCCUGCCUAUCAGAAAGGAUGAUUAUGGCCAUGUGGCGCAGCCCCAGGUGCCUAUGGGCAGCAGCACUGUGGAUCUGAACCGCUCACAACCAGAACGCUUCCAGCCUGAGCCGUAUGGUCUGGAGGAUGAUCGCCGCAGCUUGGGCCCCGAAGAAGAAGAGCCAUAUGAGCUGGAGCCUGAUUACUCCACUGCCAACCGACGCACCCUGCCAGGGGCCAACCGUGGGCGUACCCACCGGGAACCGCUGCGUGAUGGGCCCCGAGUCAGAGGGUACCCAGAUGACCCCAUUGAGGCUGAGCUGAUCGAUGAGCGCCACCCUUACAUCCAUGGGAUGUAUUCAGCACCGCUAGCUCAGCCAGAGAGGGGUAGCAUGGCCAGUCUGGACCGCAUGGGCGGUCGUCGCUCACCUUCCAUCGACAGCAUCCGCAAGGACCCACGCUGGCGGGACCCAGAUCUCCCUGAGGUCAUUGCCAUGCUAGGCCACCCGAUCGACCCAGUCAAGUCCAACGCCGCUGCCUACCUGCAGCACUUGUGCUACGAAAAUGACAAGAUUAAGAAAGAUGUGCGUCAGCUGAAGGGAAUUCCAGUUCUGGUGAGUCUUCUGGAUCACCCCAAGUCUGAAGUCCAUCGUAAGGCUUGUGGUGCCCUGCGCAACAUCUCCUAUGGCAAGGACAAUGACAACAAGGUGGCCAUCAAGAACUGUGAUGGCAUCCCGGCCCUUAUCCGCCUUCUGAGGAAGACCAACGACAUGGAAGUACGAGAACUCAUCACAGGAACCUUGUGGAAUCUGUCAUCCUAUGAACCCCUGAAGAUGGUGAUCAUCAACCACGGCCUGCAAACCCUGACCAACGAGGUGAUAAUCCCCCACUCGGGUUGGGAGCAUGAGCCCAACGAGGACUCAAAGCCGCGGGAUGCAGAGUGGACCACCGUGUUCAAGAACACCUCCGGCUGUCUCAGAAAUGUGAGCUCAGACGGGGCAGAGGCUCGGCGCAGACUGAGGGAAUGUGAGGGAUUGGUGGAUGCUUUGCUGCACGCUCUUCAGUCAGCUGUAGGGAAGAAGGACAUGGACAACAAGUCUGUGGAGAAUUGUGUUUGUAUUAUGAGGAAUCUGUCCUACCACGUACACAAAGAGGUGCCGGGGGCCGAAAAGUACCAGGACCCGUUGGCGCUACAAGCCCCUGGUUCAGCGGGACCGCAAAGGAAGAAGAAAGAUGAUGCUGGCUGCUUCGGAGGCAAGAAGGCCAAAGAGGAAUGGUUUAAUCAAGGCAGAAAAAACGGUGAGAAUGACAAAAGCUACGACACAUUGGAUCUGCCUAAGCGCACAGAGCCAUCAAAAGGCUUUGAGCUGCUGUAUCAGCCAGAGGUGGUGAGGCUCUACCUCUCUCUGCUGACAGAGAGCCAGAACUAUAACACCCUAGAGGCAGCUGCUGGGGCUCUGCAAAACCUCAGCGCUGGACAGUGGACUUGGUCCAGCUACAUCCGAGCCACAGUGCGGAAGGAGAAAGGUCUUCCCAUUCUGGUGGAGCUGCUGCGCUCUGACUCUGACAAGGUGGUCCGAGCUGUGGCCAUCGCUCUGCGCAACCUGUCCAUUGACCGCCGCAACAAGGAUCUAAUCGGAAGUUACGCCAUGCGGGACUUGGUGAGCAACCUGCCCAGCGGUCAGCAGCGACCAGCCAAGAACCUGGAGGAGGACACUGUGGUGGCCAUCCUCAAUACCAUUCACGAGAUCGUCACCGACAGCUCUGAAAACGCACGCUCCCUCAUCCAGGCCCAGGCCAUCGAGAAACUGGUCGCCAUUAAUAGGACCAGCCAAUCAGCACGUGAAACGAAGGCAGCUUCCCAUGUGCUGCAGACAGUGUGGAGUUAUAAGGAGCUGAGGAACGCGUUGACCAAGGACGGGUGGAACAAAAGCCACUUCCAGCUCACUGUGACGGCCACUCCUAAAGCAACCAAGAACGGCAAGCCGGGCUACGAUGACACCACUCUGCCGCUGAUGGAGAAGAACCAAGGCACCAGGAAAUGUGGCAGUGGUGAUAUGAUACCUAUGGAUGAGCUGGGCCCAGGUAAGAGCCAGACUGCAUGAUAGUCCUUAGCCAAGGAAGAGCUAGUUCUCCUGUGAUCUCGCUCCAGAGUCCAAUCCUCUGAUUUGACGUCAAAGAUAUUUUUUUAAUCUGAAAAUUCGCCC